AUGGCUCUCUCAGCUCCAGUGUAUCCCGCUCGAACAGCAUGGCUUCCUCCGUUUCUCCUUCACAUGUACGCAAUUAAUUGGCUGUACACAUUUCUGGAUAGAAGCAAUCAACUCCGGGCUAAAAGAGUUCCCCAGGGAGGCAGCUUGUCCCCUCUUUUAUUCCUGACAUACAGUUAUGAACUUGUGCAAUUCUUCCGCAGGAGUAGUUGGCUUCAUGUGGCGGCACACGCAGAUGACAUAAAGGUUUCUGUAGCAUUGGAUGGAGAGAAUAAGGAUGAAGCACAACACGCCUGGUGUUCUCGCUGGGGACUAGUGGUCAACCGCCAAAGAACCUGCAUGCUUUCAUGGGGUUUUCAGCUUGACGUAUGCUCUCCCGAUGGUUGCCAUGUAAAGCAAACGGACUAUGUCAAAGAUCUCGGAGUCAGGAUAUCCAAUGACUUCAAGUGGCGUGUUCACAUAAAUGACAUUUCGAGGAAAGGGCUCAAAUUUGUUCACCUUCUGUGUAGGGCUAUGCACACUACAGAUUCCUCAAUAUGGAUUGAACUUUACAAAAUGCAUGUUCUCCCUCUGCUGGAACACUUAGUUCUGUGUAGAGCCCCUCCCUCAAGCAAGGCAUUCAGAAAAUUGACAGAGUUCAGAAACCAUUCACCACCCAAUGCGGACUAUCCGCGAGCGCUGCCCUCAUACCAAGCCCGUCUCCAAGUAUUGAAGUUGGGAAGCCAUCCCUAUAGGCGUAUUCGACCUGAUCUGAUUCUAGCGCUUGAAGGCACAGUUCACGAUAACUUUAGUAAUCCAGAUUACGAAGAAAAAUGGAAGACAAGAUCGAAAAUAGUGCGAUGGAGGUGA